UGAGAUUUCAGUGCUACAGCCUCGAAUAAACCUUCGAUUCAAGCGGCUCUGCAAGGUCAAAUGCAGGUUGACACGUAAACCGGAAAUGCGGAAAUCCGGAUCAUCCGGAAAUUUUCAGUUUUCAAGACGUGCAAAAUGGCCGUGGCGGGACAAAAUACUCGGCGCCCCCCUAGCGCGGCCAGAAAAUUAUUGUGAAUCAAAGCAAACCUAUUUUAGUUAUAGUCUUGAUAAAGCCUUUCACUUGCCAGAGUUUCAGGCAAAAUUAUUUUUCACUCGAAAUUGAGUGGGCGGUUUUUACUGAGACAGCCUCUUAAGGAAGGAUACGGUUACGCCAGAAGAGUGCCAAUCAUGAUAAUUGGGCAAGCUCGGACAGGGAAGACAAGUCUAAAGAAGUCUUUAAAGGGGGAAUUGUUCAAUCCAAAUGAAGGAGGCACUGAAGUUAUCGAGACAGAUCCUUCCUAUUUUAAAGUCACGACAGACGUCUGGAGGGCAGGCAGUAAUAGCGAAGAUACUGAAACAGAGCCAGAAUUUUUGUUAGACCGCCAGGUAGCCCAGAAUAUAGCCAAAGGCUUAAACGAGGAAGAACGUUUAGGGGAUCCUAGUACAAGCAAGACCAAGCUAUCAGUUAAAUAUUUCAUAAGUAGUCGAGCGAUCGGAAGUGAAUUCACCGCCUACUGAACGAGUUUCCAAAGUAGUCGAGAAUGCCCAAGCCCCUCCAUUACGUACAGAAGUUUCCGUAGAACCAGAGGAACCCAAAUCCAGUUCAUCGGUUACAGAGCAGAGUGAGAGCGAUCCAUCACCUCAAGACUCCAAAGAUCAUC